AUGGCUACGCAGAAUCUCGUUUGGUUCAUCACUGGAGCCAAUGCUGGAUUUGGUCUGCUUCUAACAGAGUUGGCCCUUUCCCACGGUCACACCGUUGUGGCCACCGCGCGCAGCUUUUCCAAAUUCCCAGAUUCUCUUAAGUCAAACCCUAAGGCAGAUCUUGUCGAAGUAGAGAUUUCUGGGCCCGGCUCUGCUAUUAAUGCAGUGGUCGCGGGAGCUAUACAACGGCACGGACAAAUCGAUGUAUUAGUCAACAACGCCGGGUUCGGUCACCUCGGGGCUGUCGAAGAGGUCUCAGAAGCAGAAGCACGGUAUCAAUUCGAUGUCAACUUCUUCGGUCUAUUGAACUUCACCAAGGCUGUCAUCCCGUACAUGCGAGAGCAGAAGUCUGGCAUCAUUGUUCAAGUGUCUAGCGGAGCUGGUCUGUGGGCUGGAGUUGGUGGGCCAAUCUACGUGGCUUCAAAGCAUGCCGUCGAGGGGCUGGCGGAGGGCCUGGCAAACGAGGUAAAGCCGUUGGGGAUCCGUGUGCACUUGGUCGAGCCUGGUAUUUUUCGAACAGACUUCCUUAAAGCAGCUUCUCAGGGUAAACAGCUCGGUGAGAAGAAAGAAGGAUACUUAGACAAUGGAUCAAUCAUGGGUGGACUUCACCAAAGCCAGCCGGGAGACCCAAAGAAGGCUGUACAGCGGAUGUUCGAGAUGGUUACAGGUACUGGGAUGGGUCAAGGCAAGGAGUGGGACCUAAGGGUUCCUCUCGGGUCAGAUGUCUAUGGAAUGCGGGACCAGAAAAUCAAGAGCUUGACUGAGACUGCUGAGAAGAUGAAGGAUAUUUCUCUUAGUACAGAUUUUGCAUCUUGA